AUGGCGCCACCAACUGCCUUCGCCGACUAUCCGGAGCCCAACGAGGGUCCUGACACCAAGUAUAACCCAAAGAUUGACCAGAAUCCCGUCCUCCGAGGCCUUCCGCUCGUUAUUGGCGCCAACCUCAUCUCUAGGGUUGGCUUCCUCCAGCAACACUUUUGGGAUAAUGCCAGGUUUGGCACCAUCAAAGAUAUCCCAGAACUCGAUGGAAUUCCCUACAGAUUCCAUCCCACCGUGACGCCUCUCGGCCCCACGUCACCCAUGCUUGAAUUCGACUCAGAGCUCCUCCAGGCAAAACACACUGAGUCAAAGACGCCCUACUACACUGCGAAUGAUUACCAUGAGAUGUACAAGUCGGGCAAGGUGACCCCAUUCCAGGUCGCCGAGGCUCUGCUGCCUCUUAUCACGCGCAGUGGUGAGCCCGCUGGCACAUAUCAGAAUGCAUGGGUCGACUCUCACGGUAAGGACCACCUCGUGCUCGAAGCUGCCAAGGCAUCAACCGAGCGCUGGGCAGCUGGGAAGCCCCUUGGCAUCCUCGAUGGAGUUCCAAUUGGUGUCAAGGAUGAUACCGCCGUCAAGGGUUAUUCCAACCACAACGGAAUGAAGUACAACCCGUCGGUACCCUUCUUCAAGGUGCAGGAGGAGUCAGUAUGGCCAGUCAAGAAGCUUCAGGAAGCUGGUGCCAUCGUAGUUGGAAGGAACGCCAUGCAUGAGCUUGGCUCAGAUACCAGUGGCUGUAAUGCUGUCCAAGGUACGCCCACAAACUUCAACAACAAGGCAUACUACCCCGGCGGUUCCUCGUCCGGCGCGGCAUCAUGCCUGUCCGUUGGAGUUGUUCCCAUCUGUGUUGGCUCUGACGCAGGCGGUAGUGCGCGAGUCCCGGCCGCCUUUAACGGCGUGUAUGGACUCAAGACCACCCACCACCGCACCAUGUUCAUGAACAAUACCAUGUGUGUGACGUCGCCCCUGGCGGCUACAGUGGCCGACUUGACCAUCGCCUACCGCAUCAUGUCACAGCCCAACCCCGAGUGUCCCGUUCAGAGCCGCUUUGCGCUGUCAAUCCCACCUGAACCGUCGGCCAAGAAGGUCAUGGGUAUCUAUCGCGACUGGUGGAACCAGGCUGACCCGCGCAUCACUGAGGUGUGCGAAAAGGCCGUCGACUACUUCGCAAACAAAUGCGGUUACGAUAUUGUCGACAUCUCCAUCCCCUAUAUCCAAGAAACCCAACUCGCCCACAGUGCCAUAUGCGUCACCGAGAUGGCCGAGGCCGCCCGGCAACGGACUCCGGACUGGCUAUCCCUGGUCGGCUCUGCCAACAAGGUCAUCAUGUCGGUUGCCACCAAGACACCGGCUGCCGACUUCCUCCAGUACAAUGCCCUGCGCGAGCUCAUCAUGCGCCACUUGGCAUUUCUCUUCCAGAAGCACCCUGGCCUUCUGAUCAUGACCCCCACGUCGCCCAUGCCCGGCUGGCCAAUUGUGCCUGGUGACGAAAAGUACGGCAUGAGCGACACCAACAAGACUGUCCGCAAUAUGCUCUACGUCUUCAUGGCUAAUGUGACGGGGACUCCCGCGCUGUCGGCACCGGUCGGGUAUAUCGACCCGGUGCAAGGCGAGGGCAAGUUGCCGGUGGGCCUGAUGGCGACGGGAGAAUGGGGAAGCGAGGAGCAGCUUUUGGGAUGGGCGCGUGAGGCUGAGGAAUAUCUACAUGGCGGGAUCGAGGGUGGCCGACGCCGACCGAGCGAUUGGUUGGAUGUGAUGGGUACGGUGCAAAAGAAGACGAAGAGUGCCGAAGCCUAG